AUGCAUGCAAGCAUCCUCUCCAACGAACGAAUAGACUUUCGCCGGGCAACACUCUGGCACGGCAUCUCCCAACACAACCCAACCUCCUCCCCAGAGCACAAACACUCGUCCACCCUCUCCCUUCCUCUUACUCUAUCGAUUACUCUCUCUCACUGCAGUAGAUCUCCGCCGAAACCAAUAAACCCCCCUCCCACUCUCCCUAUGCGUUCUCCCCUGUCAAGUGAUUCUAUGGCUGGGCGUCACUUCUUCAGAAAUCAAACAAUCAUUUCCCUUCGCUCCCCCAACUCCUCUCCAAAUAGGAAGCGGUCUCCUCUCAUAGCUCCCUUCAUCUACUCGUCUCUACAAUCUACCCUCAAGUCUCUCCUUCAGUCUUCCCUCAUCUUCUUCACCUAUCUAUCAUACUUUAAGCCUCUCCCAAUCCUCCUACGCAUCAUUCCAUCCAUCCCUCACCUCUUCAUCACCAUCACUCAAAUAACCGCUCUCCUCCACCAUCACAAAUUCUCUCUCAUCUCUCCCCCAAACUCUCUCCGCGAACAUUCUCCGAUACCCUUACAUCUCCGGCACUCCCUAAUCUGCUUCCUCUACCAAAGAGUCCUCCUCUCUCCCCCCCCAUCCUACUCCUCAGCCAACAUCACCGCGCAAAAUCCAAUCAGUCCCCUCCGCCCCACCAUCCCCCCCUCCAGCCUCUCCCCGACACACGCGCUCUCAUCCCUCAAUCUGGAUCAGCUCAUCUCUCUCUUCUCUCUCCUCCUCUCCGACGGCUCGCACCAGUUCACUCUCGUCAACACCUCUCCUCACCCUCUCCCAUCACUCCCCAUGGAGACCUCCUCAAUCUCGUCCCUCAGAUCUCUCCUCUCCUCUCUCACACCCACCAAACUCAUCUCCAAUCACACUGAUCUGACUCUCUCUCUCUGGGUCUCACAACUCCUUCCCCGCUCCUACUCUUCAGUCCACCUCAAAACAUCACGGGGGUACGUCCUCUCAAUCUAUAGCACGUAUAGGGGUGUCUCCGUCACACCGUCAACCUCCUCUCUUCCGCCACGCACGAAACGGCAGCUCAUCCAAUCUCUUCCUCCCACGAAUCCUCAGUCUCAGUCUCGAAAUCCGACCCCCAGUCCGUCUCGAGCCUCAAUCAUAAAACUGCUCUCGGACAUCUCCUCUCUCUUCCACUCGGCGACACGAACUCCCUCCUGUUCCCGCCCCCUACCUCCCCAAGUAGGUACCUUUCCUCUUCCAUCACCUCCAAAACGCCCGACCGAUCCAUCUCUCCACCGUGCCUCUCCACCAGACCGUAACUCCCCACACCAACUCCCCUCAUGA